GAUGUGGCUGUGGUAGGCUUAGCAGCAAUAAUUCGAUGAUGCAAAUGAUUCCACAGUUCGCAACCCAUGAUUUGUCAACCGGUUGCCACUAAGACCCGGGACUUAUAACGUCUCUCUUGAAGGUCAUGAAUGAUAACUCAGUCUUCAAUCAAAUAUAAAUAACCAUAUACAAGUCCUUUCUCAAUGCGCUUCUCUCCAUUACUAUCCACACUCUUCUACACUUUCUCAAAUAUCACCCGCGUGAGAACUCCUCUGCCUUCACACCUGGCCUUUCGACCUAUUCCCCUUCGAUCUAUGUCCGGCAUUCCUCUGUUGGGCGCUUUAUUUGGCACUUCAUCCAAGAACUCUUCCAAUAUGUCUUACCCUGAUCAACGUUCAAACGACGAGUGGCGAGCUGUCCUCAACAAGGAGCAAUUCCGUAUCCUGCGUGAGAAGGGUACCGAACCUCCUGGUUCUGGAAAGUUUGACAAGCACUAUCCUGAGCAGGGUGUUUAUACCUGUGCUGGUUGUGACGCUCCGCUUUAUAAGGCGAGCCACAAGUUCAGCUCUGGUUGCGGCUGGCCAGCCUACUUUGACAGCAUCCCUGGUGCCGUUGUCCGUCACGAGGAUCGCGCUUUCGGUAUGGCACGAACAGAGAUUGUAUGUGCCAACUGCGGCGGUCACCUAGGACAUGUGUUCAAGGGCGAGGGCUUUGACACGCCCACUGAUGAGCGUCACUGUGUGAACAGCGUCAGUUUAAGCUUUUCACCUGAUGACAAGACUGUCAAGGAUAAGCCUGAAAGCAAGGCUUGAUUUGAAGUAUACGGGAUCGGGAAAGACGAAUGAUGAGAUUACGAGCGGCAUUGGUAUGAAUGAGGAGCAUAUGGUGUAGAGUGUGAAGUGACGUGGUACUUAGCUGAAAUUGAAAUAUGAAAAUAUUGAACAAUAAACGGGUUCUACAGUGACUGGUCUUAGAGUUCUCCUCCAGCUGACUGCAUCAAGUUGGCCGUUACACAUCCCAACCCGCCCAAAAUUCAUCAAAUCGUUUCAAUCAAAUCUCUCAGGAAAGUAUAACCAUUCUCCACGUUCCGCAUCCCAGUGUCGGAAUCUUUGAGAGCUCUGGUCCCAAGUCCAGUAGUUGUCGUCCAUAUCGCCGUCUUCGGAGAACUUGAUUUCGGGGGGUGUCAAGGCUUCUCCCUGUAUAUAUGCUUCUUCGAUAUCGGCUUCCACUGGCUGAUCCUCAAAGGUAAUAUCCAAGCAACGUAUUCUUUCCUCCAAGCCAUCUACUAGGGAAGUUUCAGUCUUUCCAUCAAAUCUUCCUUGAACGUAAGUAUUACUUUCUGGGUAAGUGUCGGUCAUCUCAUCCUUGACUAAAGAUCCCUUUUCUUCGGUUCCAUUGUGUCCUGGGGAUGUAUAUGUCGAAUUGUUCAGCCCCUCUUCAGAAC